AGCAGUGUCAGUGCUUUCUGCGAAUUUGGACUGUCUGAACUCGCACUUUUUUACCUCUCGACACCGAUCAACGACACAUUAUUGCAAUGGCCACCAAAAUGGUUGUUGGAGGGCUCUCCGAGGAGAAGAAAGCCACUCCAGAGGUGCAGAAGAUCUGUGAUGAGGUCAAGUCGGCUGCAGAAAAUAAGGCUGGAAAGAAGUUUUCAGUUUUCACUGCCAAAUCUUUCACCACGCAGGUUGUGGCCGGGAUCAACUAUUUUAUCAAGGUGGAUGUAGGAGGAGACUUUGUUCAUCUGAGAGUUUAUAAAUCACUGCCUCACGCUGGAGAAAAACUACAGCUGCACGGGAUUCAGACCUCAAAAUCUCAGCAGGAUCGCAUUGAAUACUUUUAAACCUAUCGCUGUCUCAUUCCCUCUCUUCACAUACUAUACACUUCCAUACUGUAUAGGUUCAAAUAUGUGAUCUGCUCAAUGCUGUUACAAAACUUUUAUCCAAAUGUACAUCAUUAAAAUGAACCCAAUACCGUGCCUUAUUUUAUGAGGACGAGUUUUAUAUGAUCUUUGUCCACUUUUACAAAAGUUGUAUUGAGGUGGAAGAAUUACACAUGAAUACGAGUCAUCAUUCCAGAUCUGUUUUUAUAAAAGAUGCUGCUUCUAAAAUAAAGGGAAAUAAAUUUCA